CGAAAACGUACAGAUCACUGGUACAUCACCUCUAUGCCCGAUAAACCUUGAAAGCAUGCAAGUCUUCCCCAUAUUUGCUGUGGCCGCACUUAGCUUAUCUAAUGUAUACGCCAAAGGUAUAGAGGCUAAAUGGUCUGGAGCGGGCGGUGAUGUGCUUCUCUCGCCAUGGCAGAUGCACCAUGGUAUCAACGCAAACGUCGAUGACAGCGGCUGGCAGACUAAUGCGUUUGAUGCAGAAAGCGAUAAAAAAUGCGCAAAUAGAACGAUACAUGGACAUAAAUGCUCUUACAGCAAGGCUGUGAUACCACCGGAGGACUCAGAGUGGCUAUACCCGCCAGAUACAAAAAUAAUUGGAAUGAAGCGUGAUUCAAUGUUAUGUAAAUUAGAAGAAGAAAAAGAACCUACGUGCUGGAAAUACCUUGAUUUCACUUACUUUCAGGCGUUUUUGACUAUCCCAGAGCACUGUACAGUGUCCAAAUUCACGAUAGACUUUGAUGGAAUGGACGAUGGUUCACAAGUUAAGGUCAAUGGGGUUGAAGUUGAAGAUAGCUAUGUGUACCUCCGGGAAACCGGUACAUCAGAUUUGAAGGAUCUAGUGAAGAUUGGAAAAGUGAACCGAAUCGUGAUAACCCAGGUAGAUGAUUGUUGCGCGCAUAACAACUUAGAAAAAGCCGUGGUGACCUUGAAGUCAAACUGUCGAAUGACUACGUGCGAGUCAGUUCCUGAUAUAUGCAACUAUCCACGAUGGUUCAAGACGACCAACUUUAACGAUACAGUAUGCGCCGAUGGAGUCUGUGACGAUAAAACUUGUUGUUUACCACCUCCUGAAUGUGACAAGCAAAAUGAAUAUCUCGAUAAGGAGGGCAACUGCAACACUUGCAAAGAAGGUCAAAAACCAGACCAUGACAAUCUCGCAUGUAAUUCUUGUGCAAACGGAUUGGAUAUCAACAAAUACACAGACUGCAAUUGCCAUGACAACGAAGUUAACGUAAAUGGUACAUGCAAUGCUUGCCCCGUCGGACAAAGCCCAGCAGAUGAUGACGAAGUAUGCGUAUGCGACAAUGGACUUGACACAGCAGAUGACUGCGAAUGUGGAUCCAACGAGUAUUUUAAGGAAGGAGUCUGCUACGCGUGCGAUAUUAACAUCGAGGUGCCAGACCACGAUAACCUUGUAUGUGCUUGUGCAAACAGAUUGGAUAUCAACAAAUACACGGACUGCAAUUGCUAUGACAACGAAAUAUACGUAAAUGGUACAUGCAACGCUUGCCCCACCGGACAAAGACCAGCAGAUGAUGACGACGUAUGCGUAUGCAACAAUGGACUGGACAUAGCAGACGACUGUGCCUGUCAUGUAGAUGAGGUGUAUGCUGAUGGCACCUGUGCUAAGUGCCCUGCGGGACGAUCUCCCUCGAGCGAUAGCAGCGUGUGCGAGUGCAAUCCAACUCAGUGGAGUGAGUGGAGCACCUUCUCGGACUGUUCGCUGUUCCCCGUAGCGGGUAGCCCUAACACCAGCCUGGUGUGCACCUACACUAAUGCUACCGUCGUGUUGAGCACAACACUGCUGGCUGACUACGAGCCCAACGCUUCGGAGGUUUAUGCCACAGAUCGUAGUACACAGGUAGCGAUCACCAGCGUGACCUCUGAGGCAUGUCAGGAGAUGUGCGUGGCCGCCGCAGAUGACGUCUGCAAGGAGGUUGGACUGUCUACAACUAACUUUGGGCGCACCACCGGCAACUUGACAAGCGGUGCUGCGCCGGUCGCUGGAUGUGACGUCCUGGAGCAGAUGUGCAUCUGUGCGUGCGUGCCAGGAGACGACAGUAACAACACAGCCGUCAUUGCCGGAGGAGUUGUGGCUGGGUCGGCUAUGCUCCUGGCAGCGGUGGGGGCAGCGUACUACUUCAGACAGGGACAACAGGCCACUGAGGCAGCCGCUACAGCGAAUGGGAUGUUCAACGAUGUGAACAACAACACAAACCCGAUGUUUGACAACCCUACGGAGACGAACUUCAAUCCCGCGUAUAAUCCUCAGUAGAUCAGAUCAAUUACUAUAGCUUGGUAGAUGAGAUAGAAUACUAUAGUUUAAAGAUGA